AUGGAGACCCUGGAUCCCUCCGCUCUCCCAGGUGCCACCACCGCUGUGACCUAUGACUCCAAAUCAGAGAUGGUGACCCUACCAGGAGGGGUUGUCUCUGUGGCAGGCAUCACUGUGAUAACCGGGGGCGCUGAACUGUCCUGUGGCUCUUGCAUGCUAGCCUUUGGUGUUUGGGGCACUCUAAUUGGCCUAAGCGUGGUUGCCCUGGGUAUCUGGGACCAAUCAGUGCAGGUCGGGGGUCGGACCUCGCACCUCCUGGGGCUGGGAUUGGUGGUUCUGGCUAUCAGUUUUGGGGUGGUGGGCAGUGUGGUGGGCUUUCGCUUCCUGACGAAGGGGAGGAGAGAGAUAACGAGGGAGGAGAGGGAGGAUGGAAAGGUGGUGCUCAUAGGGGAGAGAGGGAGGAGUGUUAAAAAAACUGUGACUGUGUAA